AUGGAGAUGAAAGGCUUCACAUCUCCAUCUUCCUGCAAUGCUUUAAUGGCGGCCAUUGUAGCUCUGUUGGUUCUCAUGAGCUCAAACAUGAUGAAGAACUGCUCGGCAACCACCACCACCACCACAACCAAAUCCAGCAAGACCAACUUCAUUCAGUCUUGCUGUGCAUCAACUAGGUACCCCAACCUAUGUUACAGUUCUCUCUCUCCCUACGCAAGCUCCGUCGGAACAAACCGCACCAAACUGGCUAUAGUGGCCCUGAAAGUGAGCUUGAGCGCCACUCGGAACACAUCCGCCUUGGUCACCAAGAUCUCACAGAGACAUGACUUGAUGUCCAAUGAGACGGCUAAUAUUAAAGACUGUGUCGAUGAGGUUCGAGAUGCGAUAGAUCAGCUGGAACAGUCUCUGAAGGAGAUGAAUUAUCUGGGUGGCUCUGAUUUUGAUUUCAACAAAAAUAGUAUACAGACGUGGGUGAGUGCAGCACUGACCGACGACCAGACUUGCUUGGACGGAUUAGAUGGGCUCAAUGGGAAGGUGGAGAAGAAAAUCAGAAAGAGUGUGACGAAUGCUUCGAGGUUGACUAGCAAUGCUCUCGCAAUCAUUAACAGCCUCACUUCCAACUCCAGCUCGAACAAGAACAAGAACGCCAUGUCCAAAGGGACAGUAACACCCUAG